AUGUCUGCGAUAACUUCACCAACCCAACUUCAGUAUCACCCUCAUCGUGAGCCAUCGUACGAAUUAGCCGCGGUCCAAAGCACCAAAACUGCUGAAUCAGUUGUUGCAGUAUUGGAAAGGUCUCCGAGAGGACCCCCACCACGCCUGCUGCAAGAGGCCCAACGGCAUGCAGCAUAUCAAAGACCGAAGGAGAGACUCGUUGGCUUCGUUGGAAAUUCUGGUGCCGGAAAGAGCAGUACCCUCAACUCUCUCUUCGAUGAAGACGGCCUCGCAAAGACUGGUGCCUGCGGCUCGGCCGUGACCCCUUUCCCCGCCGAAUACCGAUACCGUGAGCCCGGCCAAGCGGCUCCCUUCACUUUGAUCUGCAGGAUCAUGGCCGGAAAAGAGUUAGGAAAGUACUUGGGAGAUCUACUUCGUGACUACUGGAGCACUUCACCGAUCGGCCGCAUGAACCAUGAAGAGGAAAAUUCCAAUUCGUACGAAGAUACCCAGGCAGCACGCGAUAUCUUUGAGGCCACAUUCGGAGGAAUAGAAGGUUUCGACAUAGAUCGCCUCAACUACGACGAGAAUGACAAAGACGGCAACACUGCUAGAAGAUACUUGUCAGAAUUAUGCAACCGGCUGGACUUUCCCGAGAAUAUGACCGCAAACGGCGAAUGGAGAGAAGAAUCAGAGGACGCCGCCGGAUGCGAGGAUCAUCAGUCAUUGCUCCAGGAACGAGGUCUUUGGCCCCUGGUCAUGGAUUUUUCAAUCUUUGCAGACACGGACAUCCUAAAAUAUGGCCUCACCUUGGUCGACCUUCCAGGGUUCAAUGACACAAACCUCGCCCGAAUCAGAGCGGCGAGGAAAGCCCAGUCAAAAUGCGACGAUAUUUGCGUGGUUGCGGAUAUUGCAAGGGUCACUGACAGUCAGAUUUUGCAGCAGAAUCUGCAACUUAUCCAAGCAAAGGCUGAGGGGUUAAAGUUAACCACGGUCAAUAUCACAAUCAUAUGUACCAAGUCAGCCGCCGAUUUGGACAGGAAUAAAAGCGUGGAAAAAUUGGUGGACCGUACCCAGCUCAACUACGCCAGAGCCGAGCUACAGAAGGCCAAAGGCGCAAGCGAACAAGUGAAGAAGCAUGCUGAGCGCAGACUGGAGACCCUUCUCAUCACUGCUCGGAAUGAGAAGGUCGAAAAAGACCUACAAAAAAAAUAUGGCGCAUACAUCAAAGGCGGAAUACUUAAAGUAUUCUGCGUUGAUAACCGCAUGUACUGGAACGCCACUUGUGACGCAGAGCGAGAGCUGAGUGGCAUUCCAGCUCUACAACAACAUCUGAGUGGUCUUCCGGCCGCAUCUUUGUUCAAGGAGACGGAUCUUUUUCUGGCCAAAAAGAUUCCAGCACUGGUCAGCUCUUUUGCUACCUGGGUGGAGUCCUGCAGAGUUGACUUCGAGCUUGAAAAUCGCCCAAAGCUUCCCCGAGCAGGCGACCUGAGAUUGUGUCUGGACAAGGUUGAGGAAUGGGCCACUGGAAUGUUUCGGGUUUUUGAAAAAUGUUUCAACGCGCGAUUGAAAGAAUUCUCAACGUCGAUCGGCGCAGCCUGCCUCAAGGUCGCUCAAGGCUGGGAGAAGUGGCCUCCAGGGUCAGUAACUUGCUGCGUCAGACAUGACGGCAAUUAUACGAAAGGCACAAUGGGUGUCAGAAAUUGGAACAAGGAGCUGCUGGAGUGUUUCGAGGACGAGGUCAUGGGCCAGAGUUGGCACGAAUUUGAAGUCGAUACCGAUCCGCUUCUCAAUGGACUCUGGGACAUCGUCGCCGUCUUCCAAGGGUACGCAGAGUGUUGCGCCGGAUCGCGAGCCCCUGGCAAUUUCCUACGUUCGCUUGCCGCUCGACAGGACAUCCUGAGGAGCACCUUUCAAGCAGAGAUCAAGCUCUGUCUCAAGGGGAUCAGUCUCAUGAGGGUUCACGCGAUCGGGACUCACCAGAACUCUUACAUUGUGGACUGCAUGCUCGAAACAUACCGGGCAGCCAACGAACCUAUAGGUGUUGGAGCAGUCAAGGCACGCCUCGCCAUCUUACAAAACUGGGUUAGUAGCAAGGAAUUCGUCGAGGCCUUUCGGGCACAUCUUGCCGAAGAUUUCCAAGAUGUCAUCGACGACGUGUCGGCGCGGAUCAAGGCAGCUCUGGAACAUGAGAUCGAGGCGAUCGAGUCGGACCUCGAGGCUAUCCAGCCCUCCAAGGGCAACGAGCGGCUGUUUAAGGCCGAUCCAGAGUACGGGCAAGAGUGUGAGGACGUUCUGUCCAUGGUGACCAAGCAGCUGGGGGAGAUUGACGAGCUAGCCGCCACAGCGCGAGCGAUGGCCCGUGAACGCUACGGAUGA